AUGAUUUUUCAACUGUUGGAUAAAGGUGCACUUGAUUGGUUUCAAGAUAAUAAAGCGAAAUUUAAUAAUUUAUGGUCUGAGUUUGUCAUCCACUUCAAAAAAACAUUUGAUUCUCCAAAUUAUGCUCGUAUAGCAAUGCAAAAGCUCAAUUCUUAUGCUCAAUCACUACAACAAGAUAUUCGAAGUUUUUGCAGUGAGAUGCGAAAAUUAUUUCAAGAAGCUGAUCCACAAAUGAGUUCAACGAUCAAAUUAGAAUUAUUGUUGGCCAAAGUAAAUCCUAGUUAUCGUCUUGAUCUAUUGAAACAAAAGCCGAAGGAUCCUGAAGAAUUCGAGAUAAUGGCUAAAGAUCUUGAAAAUACCUAUCUAGCAUUGGAUGCCAUGGAACAGAAUACACAAUCGAUCAUUCUUUUCCUUCUGAAGCUUCUCCUUUUUCGUUUGACACUCCUCCUUACUCAUCGUCGAAUCACCAUCAAUUCACACCAAAACGUCUUGAGUACUAUUCCACAUUUACCAUCUGCUUUCCGACCUCAUCGUAAUCCACAUAACCGACAAGAAACACAACGUCUUAUUGAUGAAUUUCUCGAAGCUGGUAUCAUUCAGGAGUCCCAUUCUCCAUAUGCAGCUCCUGGCUUCAUUGUUCCUCGCAAAGAUAAUCGUCCUGAUCGACUCGUUGUCGAUUAUAGAGCUCUAAAUAAAAUUACCAUUCCUGAUGCCAGUCCACUUCCACACGCUGACGAUUUACUGCAAGAGCUUGGGAAGGGCUACAAGUAUUUCAGCAAACUUGAUCUAAAAUCGGGAUAUCACCAAUUUCGUAUACCUCCAACCGAUCGUCCAAAGACGGCAUUUGUCGUCUCUCAAGGUCACUAUGAAUUCCUAGUACUCUCAAUGGGACCGCAAAACGCUCCUGCCGGAUUUAAAAAAACUAUGUACAAGGUUAUGAAACCAUGUCGCGAUUUUUGUCACGUCUUUCUCGAUGAUAUCAUUCUUUGUUCAAAAACAUUCGAUGAACAUAUAAAUCAUCUGCGGUUGGCUUUUGACACUCUUGCGAAGGAAAAGCUCGUCCUCAAUGCAUCUAAAUGUGAACUAGCUUUUGAAAACCUUAUUGUACUCGGUUAUAUAGUCUCUGAAACGUCUAUUACGCCAACAAAUCAGGCGAUACAAGCGAUUCUGGAUCUGCAGGAACCACGUACACUUAAACAAGCAAACAAAUUCCUUGGCGGUCUUGCGUACUAUCGUUGA